ACUUCACAUUACAAGAGAUUCUUGACCAUAAACAAUGUAUAAACUUUCAGUCACAAUGACGACCUUACAAACGGAAUCAGUCGCUGAAUACAUCCUGGUGGAGUAUAGGUGGGUGGUGGUGAUACUGGCUUUACUACCUAUGUCGUUGCUCUGGAAGAUAUGGUCCACCUUCAGGAACUACGUGGUGUUCAAACUGAAUAGUGCACCGAAAAUGCACGACCGGAAAGUCAAGCAGGUUCAGAAGCAGAUUAAAGACUGGUUGUCAGGCGGAAGGAAAACCAAGCUGUGUACUGCCCGGCCCACUUGGCAAACGAUGUCCUUCCGUCAGAGCUUGUACAAGAAGUCCUUCACCAACAUCAAAGUCAACCUGGUGGAUGUUCUCGAAGUUGACGUUGACAAUAUGACGGUACGAUGCGAGCCUCUAGUUACCAUGGGCCAGCUGUCCCGAACUCUCGAGCCUCUAGGUCUUGCCCUGGCAGUGGUUCCAGAGUUGGACCAGCUAACUGUCGGUGGUCUGGUGAUGGGAACAGGUGUGGAGACCUCGUCGCAUGUGCACGGCCUCUUCCAGCACAUAUGCCUCCGAUACGAGCUCGUUCUAGCUGACGGCUCUGUUGUCACGUGCAGCAAGGAUGAGAAUCCAGAUCUGUAUUACGCGGUGCCUUGGUCCUACGGCACUCUAGGCUUCCUGACAUCAGUUGUGAUCAAAGUGGUACCGGCUAAGAAAUAUAUUCGUCUCGAAUAUCACCCGUACACCAAGCUAUCAGACUUGGCUGACAGAUUCAGGAAGGAAUCACUAGAUGAUAAACCUCACCAGUUCAUUGAGGCGUUACUCUACACGAAGGACUCUGGGGUGGUAAUGCUCGGAGACAUGGUGGAUGAGAUCGGAACCGAUGGAAAGUUGAACGAGAUUGGAAAAUGGUAUUCGGAGUGGUUCUUUGUCCAAGUUCAGAGACAUCUGAAAAAGCACCAGGAGAACGUCAGGAAGACUGUCGUGGAGUAUAUACCUCUCAGGGAUUACUAUCAUCGACAUACUAAAAGUCUCUUUUGGGAACUGCAGGACAUCGUACCGUUCGGCAAUAAUGUGCUGUUCCGUUACCUUUUCGGCUGGUUGAUGCCACCUGAGGUGUCUCUGCUGAAGCUGACACAGCCACAGGCUGUCGCCGACCUGUACGAGCGCGCACAUGUUAUACAGGACAUGCUGGUUCCGGUACAACACUUGGACAAAGCCAUACUUAAAUUCCAUGAGGAGUUCGAGGUGUAUCCUAUUUGGCUGUGUCCAUUUAAGGUGUUCAACAAUCCAGGACAAUUGAAGAUCAAGUCUGGGGACUGGCAAAUGUUCGUUGAUAUUGGCGUAUAUGGUGUGCCAAAAGCUAAGGGAUUUGAGACGGUGCCAUCAACUCGUCGCAUAGAAAGCUUCGUGAGCUCACACGAUGGGUUCCAAAUGUUAUACGCAGAUACGUAUACGACCAGGGAAGAGUUCCGCGCUAUGUUCGACCACACACUUUACGACUCGCUGCGCGACCAACUUCCUUACUGCAAGGACGCAUUCCCUGAAAUCUAUGGGAAAAUUAACAGAAAUGUUAGGAAGUAAUUGUAAUAUUUUAAUCGAGCACCACAAGUAAUUACUAGUUUAUACGUUUCUUUACAGAUUUAAAUUUAUAAGUAAAUCAAGAACUUCAGAAAGAAUGCUUUGUAAAAAUGUUG